GAAAAUGUUUCUUCAUUUGCCCACACGUUGUGUUGUUCAACUAAGUCAAAGCCAAAUGACAGAAGUCUUGCACGAAAGUAACCCAUCUGCUUAUUUCACAAGCGAAGGGAGAAUUAUUGAAAAUAUCUCACAGAUAACUUCAGAGCAUGUUUUUCUUCACGUGAAGCUAGUCGGAGGUAAAGGUGCCUUCGGGUCGCUGUUGCGGUUCAUUGGUUCGCAAAUUGAAAAGACGACGAACCGAGAAGCGAUGCGUGAUUUAAGUGGUCGACGACUCCAUGACGUCAACAACGAACAGAGGUUACAAGAGUGGAAUGACCGGCAAGCUGAACGAGAACGACAACGGGAAGCCGAGAAGGAAGAACGACUGAAGAAAAUCAGAGAAGGCCCGAAGCACAAUUUUGAUGACCAGAAAUAUUUUGAUCAGAAAAACACAAUCCGAGACAGUUUAGAAGACGCAUUAAACACAGCACUCAAAAAUUCAGAACCUCAAAAUGACAAACCCUCGUCUAGUAAAAUGAAUGGUCAGAAAAGUGCAAGUAAAACACCCACGAAACCAAUGGUUAAGAAGUCAAAAGGUAUACUGGAUAUGGGUUUGCCAGAUGGUAUUGACUCAGAUUUGUCAAGCUCAGAUGAAAGUGAAGACGAAUCAAAAGAUAAAACUCCAAAAAGUUUAACCUCAAAUAAUGUCACUGAUAACAAAUUAGAUCAAUGUGGAGCAAAAACUACAAGUCUUUAUAAAAAAACAUGCAAACAAACCUCAUCUGAAGCAGAAAGCGAAGAGCAAUCUUAUGAUAAUACAGCCAAAAUGACAGAUAAUAAUGAAAACGGCGGAAAACUCGAGAAAGAUUCAGUUGAUCCAAAUCCUAACGUUUCUUCGGGUUCGAGAAAGCGCAAACCUGAAAUUGAGAGACGUGAAAAUCAAAAUGAAGAAACUAGUGAUUCGGAGCCCAAAAAGAAAAGGAUUGACAAUAAUUGAGUGAACUGAUCUAGUCUAGCAUAGACUAUGACGAGUCUGUACGACAGCUGGCUCAGCAGAAUAUUGCUAAAAUAAUUUAGUUUCAACAAGAUUGCCAAUCUUUUCGUUUUUGUUUGUGCGGUACCAAGUUCUAAUAGUAAAAGCUUAAUUUAACGUUCUUGAUUA